AUGAACACACACGCAAAGAAGAUAGCUACUGGGGCGCCAGUUGAUCAGGGCUUACCGAAAGCAAUACUCUGCAUUCACGGCGCAGGUUCAUCCGGGGACAUCUUUCGCAUCCAGCUCGCCAAGAUUUCUACAGCUCUCAAGCAUGAGUUCGACUUUGUUUUUGCAAACGGGCCCCAUGUGUCUUCUCCGGGACCAGGUGUUCUUCCUUGGUUCAAAGACGCUGGGCCUUACUACUCAUGGUUCAAGGAAGAAGAAACAACUAUGAAUCGCCGAGUCGAGCAAGUUGGUGACGCCGUAAAAAGUGCCUUGAAGCAGUGGGAUUCCACCAAGAAAAACCCCGACGCCCGCGUAGUAGGAGUAAUAGCCUUCUCAGAGGGUGCAUUGUCGGCCACUCUCUUGCUUUGGCAACAGAAGAUGACCCGGUUGCCAUGGCUGCCGACUUUACAUUUUGCGGCGCUUUUUUGUUGUUAUUUCCGGAGAGAAGCGGCGGAGUAUAUGGCUUCGGACUUGGAAGAUGGCGAGAAACCAGUGAUCAAGGUCCAAACGUUGCAUGUCCAUGCGAGGCAAGACUUCUGCUUGGCCGGCGCACGAAGGCUAGUUGCGAAUCACUUCUCUCCUGGCUAUGCACAGGUUAUCGAAUUUGACGGCACGCAUCAUGUACCAAUUAAACAUGAAGACGUCGACAAGACAGUGAAACACAUUCUACUUUUGUCCAAAGCUGUAUCAUAG